GAUAAAGGCAAGGCGGUGAUGGGACGGGAUCCAAAUGACCAGAUCUCGUUAUUGGGGAUGAACCUCGAUGGCGCUCCUGCUCCCCUUCCGUUGGCCAGGAUAUCUAGGACUGCGCCGGUGGCCUCCUCCAACACCGGGUCUAGAGCCAGAGGACCGACGUCGGUGGUGACCUUCAACCGCGAGGAUCAAUACCCAAAUGAGCAGCCAUGGAGGCGACCAGUACGAGAAGGAGAUUUCGCCGGUGCCAUUGACCCCAAUAGAGGGGACGGAGCUGG